CUGUUUCUCCAGAUUGCAGAAGAGGAGAAGCAAGCGCCGAGAACGAGCAGAUGUGAGCUGGACUACACAGAGAAUAACCAGCUUCAGUAGAGACGGAAACCUUUGAUUUUACUAAAAUGUGGCAGCCAGCGACAGAACGAUUGCAGCACUUCCAGACGAUGCUGAAGACCAAGCUGAACGUUCUGACACUGAGGAAGGAGCCUAUGCCCACAGUGAUAUUCCAUGAGCCGGAGGCCAUCGAGUUGUGCUCUACCACGCCACUCAUGAAGAAAAUGACAUACCUUGGCAAGGUGACCAUCUCAGGGACUGAGUUCCUGUCGGGCUGCACAGAGUCGGCAGUGGUGGGCCUGUGGGACCGCAGGGCGCUGGCCCAGGAAGAGCACCUCCCUGCCAACUCCCUCCUGGAGAUCCGSCCCUUCCAGGUGCGCCUGCACCACCUGGACGGACGCGGCGAGGCCUCGGUCACCAUGGACACGUACCAGGUGGCGCGCAUCGCCUACUGUACGGCGGACCARUGCACGAGCCCCAAUGUGUUCGCCUGGAUCUACCGGGAGAUCAACGACGACCUGACCUUCCAGAUGGACUGCCACGCCGUGGAGUGUGAGAGCAAGCUGGAGGCCAAGAAGCUGGCCCAUUCCAUGAUGGACGCCUUCCGCAAGACCUUCCACAGUAUGCGCAGCGAUGGACGCAUCCACAAGAGCGGCUCCUCGGACGAGUUCGCCACCGACGACUCCGCUCCAGACGACUCCACCCCCGAGGAGGACGGCUGAGCACCAGGGUUUCCACCGCCUCCCCCGGUCACAAGCCCGUGAGGGGAGGUGCACAGGGGCAACCGGAGCGCUCUCUCUACUCUCUGUCUCUCUCUCUCUCACUCUACUUUGGUUUUAAGGAAAAAACAUGGAACUAAAACUGACCGCAGACUGAAGGAUGACGAGGACGUAGUUUUAAAAAGGGGAAAAUAGGAGGACAAAGGAACAACAUGAGACCUAACAUAUGUGGAAGCGAAACUUAACUAGUGCUGCCUCUUUGGAUAAAUCGGUCCUCAAACAUUUGGAUAGCCAUUGACGCGCCUGAUCUGCCCAUAAGAGAUUAGUGAAAAAUGGUUAUAAGACAGUUACAUUCCCAUCCGAUGCUGCGGUCUGUCCGUCCGUCUGUCUGCAAUGUGCAGAGAGACUCUGCCUCUUUACACCACCUCUCGCCCCACCCCUUCCCGGCCCAAUCAAAAGCCCAGAUCACUUCCUAAAAAUCCCAGAUCACUGCCUCCCGUUCUGAUUUUUUAACAACAGCACUAUGAAGUUAAGAGUUAUGCCUGUAGCACUGUUAAAUGUGUGGUUUCAAAAAGAAAGCCUUGACUAAUAUAUGUGUGGAAGGUUGCCGGGAGGAGGGAGGUCCUGACAUAUUUAUUAGGCUACGAGAGCGUCAUCCCUUAUCAAUCACAUUUACUUCCUGUUUUGAAGCAUACCAAAAGUGAGUCUUUUAGCUGUGUCUUCUUUGUUGACUUUGUGCCUCACUUCUCACACACCAAGGCUGGUCUCUUAGUCCCGCAGUCCCAAACGUUGUGCGUGUGUGUAGUCGUGCAUGUGCAUGCGUGUGUGGAAUGUGUGAUCUAAGAAAAAGGGUCGUCAGGAGAGAGCAUGACCGAUAAUGGCCUAGUAAUCCAACUAGAAGUGUAAAACUUCUCACAGCCGUCCAUAAAGUUUGCCUGAAGCCUCUUGGCCUGUGCUGAAUGUAUUAUAGGUAUGUUGUGCUGCAAGCUCCCUACAACUUUUAGUUACUUCGUUUUUUUAGUACAUUUCUUCUACAUUGUUAUAUGUGGAUUAGGUGCAGUUUAGCGAGGGCAGUUUUCUGUACAGACACCUUAAGGUAAUGAUUAUGUCUCGUGGGCUGGAUGCGUGUUGAGUCCAUGAACAGACACACAUGUGCAGACACCCAGUGUUUCACUGUGCUGUCGAAGGGUAAGAGCGGCCAUUUUGGGGCAACUGGAAGACCCCAUGACACAAGAGCGCCACCCCACCCCCCUUUCUAACAAGACUCUUUUGAAUGGACUGGAUGCUGGUACUCACAGUGGGGUGGGUCAUGUAUUUUGUCUGUUGUGUCUAAAGCCGAUUUUAUUAAGAUGGCUCUGGUCGGUACGUACAUAUAUAAAUAUAUACAUUGUAUUUGAAACUCAUUCAAUAAGCUUAUGUAAAUACAAAAAUGAAGUAUCCGUUUCCAAAUAUUACAGCAUUAAAUGUUGAUAGCUAUUUUAAAUAAACAGCGGGAACAUCAAAGACAGCCACCAGUGUUUUAAAGUCAAUUGUGAAUAUGUAGAGUUCCAUAGAACUGGCUGUUAAGAGGGUGUGAGCCCGGGACACAGGGCUUGACAUGCCAGGAUGACUGGAGGAGAGAAUGUUUAUAAAGCUGUAGAUUACUGUGUCAUGUCUUGUCUGAAGGCUCAGAUGUGCUUUAAAUGUCUGGAAAUGUUACCGUAAGUGUUUUCUAUACAGUAUUUGCAAAGAUAAAGAAACAAUCACAUAUAAACUAUUUACCAAGACUGA